AACGGUAGGUGUGGUUCCAGAUGACCUUUGGGAUGCUGGCGUCGUGAAUACAGUAGCAGAGGGCGGCCAUGGAGCAGACUGCGAGGGUGCUGUCGCAGCUGGGCAGCAAGGACCAGCCGAGCAAAGAGUUCCAGAGCCUCGUCCGCCAGAUUGGGGAAGCCAAGACGAAACACGAGGAAGAUAGAAUAAUAAAGAAAGAAGCAGCUUUACUCAAGGACAAAGUUGGUGGGAGAGACGUGACAAAGCGUCAAAUGCGUGAGUACCUGAUCCGACUGAUCUACUGUGAGAUGCUCGGGGUGGAGUGCUCCUGGGGCUACAUUCAUGCGGUCAAGUUCACACAGACUGGCUCCACUCUGGACAAGAGAAUAGGUUACCUGGCAGCCUCCCUAUUCCUCCACGAAGGCCACGAACUAAACGUUCUUCUUGUGGCUACACUUCAAAAGGAUCUAAAGAGCAGCAACAUGCUGGAGGUGUCCAUGGCUCUGGUCUCCAUCUGUAAGCUGGUGGGGGCAGACAUGAUCCCUCCUCUCCUUCCUCUCGUACAGGACAAACUACUGCAUCCCAAACAGCUAGUCAGGAAGAAGGCGGUCAUGGCGAUGCACCGAUUUCUCCUCCUCUCCCCAGACUCCAUCUCCCACCUCGAGGACGACUUCCGGCGUUCCCUUAGCGACCAGGACCCUGGGGUCAUGGAGGCCGCUCUCAUUCUCUUCCACGACCUCAUCAAGAAUGGUCCAAUUAAGUACAAAGACCUGACAGAAAGUUUUGCAAUGAUACUGACGCAGGUGAUUGAUAGAAAACUCCCCGAGGAAUUCAAUUACCACGGUGUUCCGGCGCCAUGGAUGCAGAUGAGGUUGCUACGGAUACUGGCACUUCUCGGAGCAGACGAUUUGAGGACAAGUGAGAAGAUAUAUCCUGUAGUGGAGAGGGUCAUCGGGUCAGCCGAGUGUAACUCUGACAUUGGACAAGCCAUAUCCUACGAGUGCAUUAAAACGGUUGCCACGAUCUACCCUAACAACUCCGUGGUUUCCACGACAGCCAAAUGUCUGUCUCGUUUCGUCACGUCGACCAACAACGACUGGCGAUACCUUGGCAUCAACGGCCUAGCUUCACUAGUACAGGUGAAUCCAAAGUACGCCCAGGAGCAUCAGAUGGUGGUGAUAGACUGUCUCGAUGAUCCCGACGACACUCUCAGGAGAAAGACCCUGGAUCUGCUGUACAAGAUGACCAACCCACUCAACGUGGUGGUCAUCACCGAGAAAUUGAUAGGGUACCUCCGCCAGACGAGGGACGAGUAUAUCCGUGCCGACCUGGUCUCCAAGGUUACGCAGCUGGCCGAGCGGUUUGCCCCUGACAACAUCUGGUUCAUUCAGACCAUGAACGCCAUAUUUGAACUUGGUGGUAACCUGGUGCGUCGCGAGGUGGCGCACAAUCUGAUGAGGCUGAUUGCGGAAGGGACCGAUGACGAGAGAACUGACGUGGAACUGCGCCAAGAUGCCGUCUCCAACUACAUCGAGCUGCUCGACAAACCUAACCUCCCCGAUAUACUCAUCAAGAUCAUCUGCUGGGUGGUCGGUGAAUAUUCCUAUGUCCUGGAAGACACGGACACAGAGGAGAUCCUUGAGAAGAUAACGCGUCUCCUGAUGAGAACGUUUGAAGACAAGACGACUACUAACUGGGUCGUCAGUAGUGUCACGAAGCUGGUGGCCAGGCUGGGUAGCAUGCCCGACAAUGUUCAGAGUCAGGUGGCUGUCUACCUCGCCUCAACUGACACCGACGUUCAACAGCGUUGCAACGAGCUAUUGGAACUCUCUCAGAACCUGUCCAUGAUGCAGACGGUUCUCCCGCUGGACUCGGCCUGCGAAGAUCUCGAAGUCGAUUCCUCUCUCUCCUUCCUCGACGACUUUGUCACACAGAGCCUGGCCCAGGGAGCUUCCAGAUACAAACCUCCCCACCUCAGACCUGCUGUGCUACAGAGGAAUCAAGCUCCUCAGGCAAAGGAGAUACGAUUCGAGGAGUACCCCAUGCCGGCCCCUCCCUCUUUCCACCGCCCUGCCCCCCUCCCCUCCUCCCCCUCCCCAUCUCCCCGAGUUCCCCGGAGGCCCAGCGAGGACUCUCCCCUCUCCUCCCCCACCUCCGCUCGCAGCCAGAUCGCCCACUCCGUGACCACGGCUCCUUCUGGAAGUCUCCAAUACGCUCCCAGUGAACUGUCCACUUCGGGUAUUGCCGUCAAAACGCAGCGUGUCUGGGGCAACAAGGGUUACGUGAAAGAGGUUCCUUCUGUUCCCGUGGCAACACCACCAAUUGCCACGACAACCACGUCUCCCCAGCAACCGGUGACGGUGGCGACGAGGGAGGGUGAGGAGGGGGAGGAGGAGGGAGGGAGUGAGAGGAGUGAAAGAAGUGGGGAAUCUCCUUCAAAACCCAUCACUGCUCCCAGUCCGGUGGUGGCCAGUAUUGUUCAGCCCUCGGCCGAGGAGGUGAGAAAGAGACAACUGGCCAGCCAGCUGUUUGGAGGCGGUGGAACCCUCUCGGGGCCGGCCAGGGCCCCCCGACAGAAACGGAGGGGGGAGACCCCCGGGAAAAUUGAUUCCAGGCCCCCACGGAGGUCGGUGGGUCGAAAUGAGGUGAAAAGCGAAGAUGCAUCAACUGAUCUUCUUUUGGAUUUGCAAGAUUUGGAUUUCUCCCAAACCACACCCCCCAAACAAGACCUCUACCAUCCUCCCCACGCAGUGGAAGUCAAGGAGAUGAACUUUGACCCCCUGAUACCGGUGUCCAGUGGUGGUAGCGCCGGUGGGGGAGGGGGGCUGUUGGGGGGCAUGGAAAUUCGCCAACACCAGAAUAAAUCCCCAACCUUCCAGGGGGAAAUUAGCACACCCCCCACAAUUCCACCAACUAACUCAACUAGUGCUGAUUUACUCGGACUUAGUUUUGACGACAUGGUUACCGUGCCAACCGACAAACAGCAACCCCAGCCCCAAUUGGAGCCCACCAUGGCAGUAAUGGCCCCACAUAUCUCGUCCGACAUAUCCCUAUUAGAGCCCACCCCCUCGACCACGGUUCCGGAAGUUUCCGAACCCAAGGGGUCGCUGGCUCUAAAUUUGCUGGAAACCCCACUGACCUCUCUAAAAGUUCCUGAUGAAUAUUCCCAACUACCCCCUGUGGCUGGCUGGACAAACAAGGAUGUGUGCCAGGAUGCAAGUCUGAGACUGACAGUGACCAAACUGGUCAGUCCAGAUCAACUGGUUGUGGUCCUGUUCCUCACCAACCAGAAACAGGCUUCCCUCAGUGACGUGACACUCUCACUCAAACCAUCCUCCAACCUCACGGCCAAGGCAAGCAGUGGGGUUACUGAUCUCUCCUUCAAAACCAGUUUGACUGGUUUUGCGACCGGUGUCCACGUGGUCACACUGGUUCCCAGCAGCCCCGCCCCUAGGAUGAGUCUCCAGGGUCAGGUCGCCUAUAGCGACGCCAUGGCAACAAACAAGAGGCUCUUCUUUGAUGCUAGUCUCCUGGUCUCCGAUUUCAUCAGGUUAUCUGCACAUAAUGUGGACCCAUCUCCAUUGAGGACACUUGUUUCAAUCCAGAGUUGUAUCAUUCAGUAAAGGGUUGUUUCUUCAUAUAAAAGACAAUUUUCAUGGUACAAACAUGUCCUUUAUUCUGAGAUCUACUUGAACCACCCAAAAAAGGGAAACAUGAUAUACAUGUACGUCCUUGUGGAGAUAUCCUGUGUUCAGAGGGCACCAGAACAUUUAGAGCUGGAUCAAAAAAUAAGGGUAAAAAAGGGGAACAUGAAACAUAUCCUUGUGGAGGUGUACUGUAUUCAGAGGUUGAAUAAUGCACAGGAUGUACUAGAAAUGUCCAUUACUUCCACAGUUUAUUGAGGAAUCUUAGCUCCCAGAUCUUUUUCACACACACACACAUGUGGCAAAUAUUAACAGUAUCCCAUAGGUGUGUUGAGACUAGCUCAUGCAUGCAUGGAUUGAGGUUUGCCUUUGUGUUGUAUUCCUUUGUAGAUUCAAACCCCUACCAGCUGAGUUGCCCUCAGUUGACUUACUUGUUCCACUAUUAACCCUUCUGCAGACCACUGGGGCUAUCAACCCAGGAGUACGGGAAGAAGUGGCCGGGACUGUCCAACGAGAGAACUCUGAACAUCCAGUCCUCUCCCAACACCAAGACAGUCGCCCAGUUCAUGGACACACUCCGCUCCAGACUUAGUCUCCAUCCCAUUCAGAUCAUCGGCCAAGAAGGAAUAGCAGCCGGAACGUUCCUCCCCAAAAUACCGUGUCUCGUCCACGGUAAAGUUACCUCUGCGAACCUUGACCUCCGAGUGCGAACCCCAAGUAGUCUUCUUACUGACUCGUUAGCAAAACUGGCAGAACAGGUUUUUAAAUGAAUAAAUUUCGAAUAAUACAAUGCUAUAGGGAUAUACAAUGAAAUAUUGAAAAGCAAAGGACAAAUCGUGUCACACAACAAUUUAUUCACAUA